ACAUCCCCACUGCCCUCCCAUGUGUGUUGGAAUUUCCCGCAUGGACUGAGAGGGAUCUUGCUCCGUAAAUUACAGCGCCUUGCGUGUGAGAGGAAGACCUUAUAUGGUCAUGGAAGUGGGUGUGGCCAGCGGCAGGCUGGUGGCGGAGGAGGGGGAUCACAAGACGAGCAGACGCGGACGGAGUGGAUGCGCGCACAGCGACAGGCCGCACCGGAGUGUUUUUGUGCAAUCUGACUGCAGUAAUGUGCAACAGACAGCGGCGGCAUUGCUCCCGCGUCCGUGCACGUUAGCGCUCCAUUUCCGACCAGUGAGGGGCCGUGUUCACGCAUCCACUUCGACCCCCCUGUUUUGACUUUGUAGCAGCGAGGGGGGGGGGGGAGUGGGGGGAAAAAAGUACCAGUGAGUGAGGUCAGCGGCAUAGCAUGAGUCAACCUUGGGGAUGUGUGCAGUCAUCAUCACGGAUCUAUCUCGUGCGGGCCUGCUGCUGCCGCUACCGGGCUGACGGAGCUGCGGACUGUGCGCUCCUGCGCGCGGCAGAACGGCCGGUGCGUGGAGCGGCUUUCAGGACGAACGCAGGUGUUUCCCAUGAAUGAGGAAAAACACACAGACUUCUUCGGAUCUGCCCACCCCAGGCCAGCAGCUUCUGAGUGGAUCACAAUCAACUGCCGAAAGGAGAAGAGGAUCCUGUCAUCAAUGUAGUUUUACUGGUUGACAUUUACCUGUGACUACCCUACAGAAGGGUACACUUUUUGUUUAUUUUUUUGGCUAGAUUUUUCAGAUUGACUCAUUCAGUGGAGAAAUAUUUAAGAGACUGAAGAUCCACACCUGGCUCGGCUUAUUCAUGCACGUCAUGAGUGUACCAGCCCAGCAGAAAGCCAGCACUAAAAGAACAGGCAAACGCAUCACAUUUUUCAACGAUCAAAGCAGUGCAAUGAAGGAGACUCCUCAGCACCCUGAAGGCUCCUAUUACGUCCCCGGUGGCAGUUCUGCAGACCCCGGACAGAGUGAAGCUGCAAGUACUGUGACCUCAAAUCCAGAGGGAACUCACAUGUACCUCAAUUCUGUUAUCUUCAGCCCAGAUAAGGGUGACCAGAGUCGGGGUCAUUAUCAGCAGACCGUGCCUAUGAAGUGGGCUCAUCAGGAGCCCAGCCAGCAGCAGCAGCCGUCGCUAUCCCAGCAGCAGAGAGCGGCAACGUGGACUGCCAUGACCAACUGGGGGCAGAACUUUGCAAAUUAUGUCGGAGGAACAGAAACAAGAACCCAGCCUGCAUUUGUGAAGUCCAUGCAUGAUUCUUCUCAACAGCAGCCCCAGGCCUUUCAAGAGACGUUAAAACCCGGGGCUCUGAACACGCAGCAGCACAGCGCGUCCCACGCAGGAGGGAGCUCUGUUCUGCAGCCCUUCCAGCUGGCCUUCGGUCAACCCAAGCAACACUUACCUGCCUACUAUCAGGGCUUUCAAGGCAACAGGGCGACCCUUCCUAACCCACCUAACUACUCGACACAGGCAAAGCCCCCGCACCCGCUACAGCCGCUGCAGAAGCAAGAGCAAAUCCAACGCCAGCAACAGCAGCAACACCACAUUAUCCAGCAGCAGUUCCAGCAGCAGCACCAUCAAAUGCAGCAGCAACAGAUCAUUCAGCAUCAACAGCAUGUACAGCAACAGCUACAGCAGCAACAAAUACAGCAUGAGCAGCAACAACAAAAGAUACAGCAGCAACAACAGCAGCAGCAGCAACAGCUCCAGAUUCAGCAGCAAAUGCAACAUCAGCAGUUGCAACAACAAAACCCUCAUGUGCUUGACUAUUACCCCGCUGCACAAAAUGCACACCCUCACCCGCACCCACAGCCGGUGGUGGUACACUCCCAGGAGUCAUCUGGCCCAGCUCCCCCAAAGAUCCAAGAACCCAUUAUCCAGGACAUUACCCCGGAGCCUCAGCAGCCGUCUGACCCACUGCAGCCCCCAUUCCAGUCUGAAGCCCUGUCCCAGUCCCAGCCCCAGACACAGCUCCAGUCCCAGCAGCAGCUCCGCAGAUCACGGCGACUUUCCAAGGAAGGCGGAGCCCCAUCUGACAACCCUUUCCUGGUCUCUUCAGAUCAGACUGCCCCUGGAGCACAGGGCUCCCAGAACGGGGCUCGUGACAUCCAGGCAGCCCCAACCGGGGUCAUCCAGAGUACUCGCAGGAAACGCAGGGUAUCCCAGGAAGCCAACCUGGAGACUCUUGCUCAGAAGGCCUCAGAAAUGGAUUCCCUCCCAUCACAUGUUGUCAAGGAGCCCCAUAGGCCUUGGAGCCCCCCUGAAGUAGGUGCUUUGAACGCUAAGAGGCCUCGGGACGACAGCCUGCUUCCUCUUGUCAUCCCCGUGUCUGUCCCAGUACGAAGGCAUGAUCCCUCCUCCCCCGACACGGACGAAGCGGCGCUGGCUGCUAGCUGGCCCUCCCGAACCGCCAACCCUCAGGACCCCCGUGCUGACCACAAGCCUUCGGUCAUCGUCACCCGUAGGCGCUCACUUCGAAACUCAUUGUCAGAAAGCUCAGAACAGAAUGGUGGGACAGAGGGGGAGAAAGACGACGAGGCCAAAAAGUCCAAACGGCGUCCCAGACCCGAGCCUUUGUUUAUCCCACCGCCCAAACCUGCCAUAUUCAUCGCCCCGCCCGUCUACUCCAGCAUCACACCCUACCAGAGCCACCUCCGCUCCCCGGUCCGCCUUGCAGACAACCCCCUCACCAUGCCCCCGUAUACGCCACCGCCCAUCCUCAGCCCUGUCCGUGAGGGCUCGGGCCUCUACUUCUCUACGUUCCUGUCGUCUGCAGCCAGCGGUCAGGGCCUGCCGCCGCCCGCAACACCCAAAUCGGCUACGCGCAGCCUGUUGCGUUCCAACAGCUGUGACAUCACACCACCAGUUCUUAUGAGUGAGGCUACUCCAGUUAGCAUCGAACCACGGAUAAACAUCGGGUUGCGGUACCAGGCCGAGGUGCCAGAGCUGAGGCAGCGGUCAGCUGUCGAGCUCGAUCAGCAUCGAGCCGAGCUUGUCUGGGCUCCACUAGAUGAACUGGAGGAAAAACCAGAUUAUCAAGAGAAAGUGGAAGACCUCAUGCACCUGGCAUGCUCCAGUAUUUUGUGCGGAGGAGGCACCAACCAGGAGUUAGCCCACCAUUGUCUGUACGAGUGCAAAGGGGAUAUAAUGGCUGCCCUGUCCCUCCUGAUGCUGAAAAAUCCGAUUUUCUCCAAGUCACAUCACCUGGCGAGCUACCAUUACUCAGGUUCAGACAACUGGACAGCAGCUGAGAGACGCCAGUUCAACAAAGGCAUCUCUGCAUACAAGAAGGACUUCUUCAUGGUGCAGAAACAGGUUUCUACUAAGACGGUGGCGCAGUGCGUGGAGUUUUACUACACAUACAAGAAACAUGUGAAGAUCGGUCGUAACGGAACACUGAGCUACGGUGAAGCAGAGCCCGAAAACAAAAGCACGGAGGAGGAAACGGACCAUAAGCAGGGUCCACAGAGAGCUGAGCCCAGGGACGAGGACAGCAGGAAGUGGGAAGGGUCAGCUGAGCGGAAAGCGGACGUCGGCCCCACCAGGGUGACACACACGCUGCAGUCCACCGACAAUCCUGGGACCGUCCUGAUCAUGAAGAGCCAGGAGGACAUAAAGCGGGAGCCGCCUCUGUCCCGGGUCAUCCAGAUCCCACACCCACCGCCCCCCAGCUCCAAACCCCGCUACGACGGCAACGCACGCAGGACCAGCCCUUCGACCGGCAACAAAGGCCCCGCCGGACAGGAGGGAGAGUUCCCCUGCAAGAAAUGUGGCAGGAUUUUCUACAAGGUCAAAAGUCGCAGCGCUCACAUGAAGAGCCACGCAGAGCAGGAGAAGAAGGCCGCCGCCCUGCGCCAGAAGGAGGCGGAGGAGCGCGCAGCGGCGAAGGCUGCCGCCGAGGCCGCCGCCAUCCUGGCCGCUCGGCAGCAAAAUGGGACUCGGCAGAUGGGCGGGGACAGCACCAACGACGACUCAUCGGAAGGGGAGGACGAAGAUGACGAGGACUGGCAGUGAGAGGAAGGAUGGAUGUGAAUGCUGACUGCAGCACGCAGCGGGGCUUAACACUCAGAUCAAAAGCCAACGGAACGAAGAACAGUGAAGAUACAGUUGACUUUGUGUAUAUUUUGUGGAACAAGACUUCCCUAGCUUGGCUUAUUCAGGGACAUUCAACCCCAUUCUGAGUGUGAAUGUGCAGAGCGGGUGAAUGUGUGGGAACAUCUGAGUGUGUCUGUUCUUUCCACAACUCUACUACACCCCUUUACUCUUGCUUGAAAAGCGUUUCCAGAGUUACCUCUCCCGGUCACAGGGCUCGGUGAAGUCAAAGCCAUGCGCUUCUCUGCUGUCGUCCCGCCCCCCCUGUGCCAGGCCGCCGCCUACCUUCAGCACUUUCUGCAACUCAUUCUCACCUGGAAUUUGUAAGACCCCUAUUUUUUUUCCUCCCAAAAUGAGCCACGGCACACAUUCGCAUCAGCUGCGUCCCUGCCUACCUACCUACCUACCCGCCGUCCAGCAUCGGAUGAACCUUUUUUUAUCGCAAUGUUUGAAAUCUGACAGCUGGGCGCGACGAAGCCGGAGGGGCGUGUGCUAUAAGGGUAGAUCACACAACAGACAGACACAUGGAAGGACGGACGGACGGGUGGCAUGUGCAAACUGUUGCCUCGGUUUAGCCGCUCUCCUGCACUCAAGGCCGCCAAAUGCUUUGUCUGACGCAUGAUGUGCACCAAAUGAGCCCCCUCCCUGUGGGCGCCGUUCAUUUGGGCUUUUGUUCUGUGAACCCCCCUCCCACUCAGAAGUCACUUUUUAUAGUUCCCAGUUUGUUCCUCACUGUUGAUGCCUUGGAUGUUUUGACGCUUUUUAUCUCGAAAUGACAAUCAAUUUUACACUGUUUUUUUUUUUUAAAUAUAAAUAUACAUAUACAGGUCAAUGUUACUUUUUCUGCCUGUGUAGCUAUAUAUGGUUGUUGUUGUUUUUGUGAAUACUCUUGUUGAUGUUUAUUAAUAUUAUUAUUAUCUGGUUUGGCUGCAAUUUGAACGCUUUUCCGUACAUGUCCUGAGCUUUUUUUUUUUUUUUUU